ACGAGAGCCGCCACCGGAGCGGAGACUCGUAGACCACAGCCUGCCGCGCCGUGCUGCGCAGUGCUGCGCCGCGCUCGGCCGGCGAUCUAGUUUCGGACAUGCGGCGGAAAGCAAUCCCCGUCGCCGCGAGGUCUCAACAAGCAAGAGGGGAGGGCGGUGAAGGCGAGGAAGGCGCGCCGCCAGACGGCCAGGAGAGGGAGGACGGCGAGGAGGAGGACGCCGUCGACGAGUCCGCGUCGUCCGUCGGAUCGCCCCGGCCGGCCCCGGACCAGGCCGACGGCCAGGCCGACGACAAAGACAUGCACAUCGCCAGCUCGCCGGGGUGCUCGCCGCCCCCGCACCCCAUGAUCGCCGCCGACAACACGAGGCCCGCUAGCCUGCCCGCCAGCAGGGACGACGACCGGGACUCGCCCAGUCGCUGCCCGUCCAGGGACUCCCGCGCCUCGGUGGGGUCGGCGCGGUGCCCGUCCAGGGAGUCGGACCUGCCGCCCGGGCUGCCGGGGCUGCCGGGGCUGCCGCCGGGCAUGGAGGCCAUCGCCGCGGCGCUGCCCGCCACGCUGCAGGCCCAGUCGGCGGUGGCGGCCCUGCUGGGGGUGUCCCCGCACCGCCUGAUGGCGCCGCUGACGCGGGGACCCAUCUCCCCACACGUGUCAUCGUCGUCCUCGCCGCCCAACCACCCGCUCAGCUCGCCGCCGUCCUCGCCCACGGAGGACGGCUCGGCGCUCGACUUCAGCAAGAAGCCCUCCUCGAAGCGCGAGCGCGACGCGGACGCGCUCAACCUGAGCAAGCCCGACUCCCCCGAGCCCGACGGCGGCGCCCUGGACCUGUCCAUGGGGUCGAGCCGCAAGCGCGGCCACGACGACGCGCCGAUGCUGUCGCCGCAGCCCUCCCGCAAGGCCGCGCGCGUCGCCGCCGACUUCAAGAACGUCGUGUCGCCGUGGACGUCCCCCGUCGUGGCCUCCCACUUCCCGUACUUCGCCGCCGCCGUGGCCGCCGCGUCGGGCAUGUCGCCCAAGAACAGCAGCCCGAACGCGGCCACCGCGGCGGCCGCCGCCAUGCUGGACCCGUCGCUGUGGAACGGCAAGCUGAAGGGCGGCCCGCCGUCCGACGCCACCAAGGCCCUGGAGAAGAUGAGCGAGCUGUCCAAGCUCGGCAGCGACGAGAUGUUCCGGCCGCUCAUGCCCGGCGGCCCCGGCGCGCCCGGCGCCACCGGGCGGCACAGCGCGUGGCAGAGCCACUGGCUCAACAAGGGCGCCGACACCGCCAAGGACGUACUCAAGUGCGUGUGGUGCAAACAGAGCUUCCCGUCGCUCGCCGCGCUCACCACGCACAUGAAGGAGGCCAAGCACUGCGGCGUCAACGUCCCCGUGCCGUCCAUCCAGCCGCCGCCACCGCCGCCGCCGUCGGGCCGCGAGCGCGAGCGCGAGCGAGAGCGCGAGCGGGAACGAGAGCGCGAGCGUGAGCGCGACCGCGAGCGAGACUACCCGCCCACCACGCCGUCGCCCAACCACUCGGGCAAGUCGCCGUCCGACCUCAACAUGCUCAUCAAGGAGACCAUGCCGCUGCCCAGGAAGCUGGUGCGCGGCCAGGACGUCUGGCUGGGCAAGGGCGCCGAGCAGACGCGCCAGAUCCUCAAGUGCAUGUGGUGCGGCCAGUCGUUCCGCUCGCUGGCCGAGAUGACCCAGCACAUGCAGCAGACGCAGCACUACACCAACAUCAUCUCGCAGGAGCAGAUCAUCUCCUGGAAGUCGAGCGACGGCGAGAAGCCCCCCGGGCCCGGCGGCCAGCCCGCCCCCAGCGGCUCGGCGGCGGCCUCGGCGGGGCCGGCGUCCACCCCCAACAACGCGGGCGCCAGUAGUCACGUGAGCGCCGUGCUGACCUGCAAGGUGUGCGACCAGGCCUUCAGCUCGCUCAAGGAUCUCAGCAACCACAUGGUCAAGAACCAGCACUACAAGGAGCACAUCAUGCGCUCCAUCACCGAGUCCGGCGGCCGGCGGCGGCAGACGCGGGAGAAGCGGAAAAAGUCGCUGCCGGUGCGCAAGCUGCUGGAGCUGGAGCGCGCGCAGAACGAGCUCAAGAACGGCGAGGCCUCCAUGAUGGGCGUCAAGCUGCCCAGGGACCUGGGCCGCGACCUGGGCCGCGACCUCGGCCGCGACCUUGGACGCGACCUCGGCCUCACCACCAAGAUCUCCUGCGAGAAGUGCGGCGAGAAGAUCGAGACGGCCGUGUUCGUGGACCACGUGCGGCUGUGCGUCGGCGGCGGCAUCAUCACCCCCGACCAGCGGAACCUCCUGAAGAACGCGCUGCUGUCCAGCAGCGUGCUGUCCCCGGAGAGCCCCACGUCGCUGCGGGACGCGAGGAAGAGCAAGGACGAGCGGACGUCGCCGGCCUCGGACACGCCGGGCAGCCCCAAGGACGCCCCCAAGGCCGAGGGCGCCAAGAGCGACUCGCCGUCAGUGCUCUGCGCCAUCGAGAAGCUCAUCGAGAAGAGCUUCGACUCGCGGGCGCGGCACGGCGCGGCGUUUCCCGGCCCCGGGGCGCCCGGCGCCCCCAUGGGGUCCAGCAUCCUGAAGCGGCUGGGCAUCGACGAGACGGUGGACUACACCAAGCCGCUCGUCGACCCGCAGACCAUGAACCUGCUGCGCUCCUACCACCAGCAGCAGCAGCAGAUGUACCACCGCCGGGAGCGGAGCGGCAGCGAGUCGUCGUCCAUGUCGGAGCGGGGCGGCGGCAGCGCGGGCCGGCCCGAGGCCAUGACGCCGGACCGCAAGUCCGACCACCACACGCCCAGGACGACGCCCGACAAGCGCAUGUCGCCCAAGCGCGAGUCGGAGGACGAGGACAUGCCCAUCAAGCGGGAGAGGAGAGACCACGACGACGACGACGACCACGACGACGUCAACGAGAGGGUGCGCGCGCCGGCCCUGGACAUCAAGCGCGAGAAGGACGAGGACGAGGACCGCGAGAGCGUGGCCAGCCGGUCGCACAAGACGCCCGACCGGGACGCCGACGACCAGCACUCGGAGGGCCGGCGGAGCGUGGGGGCGGAGAGCCGGGGGCGGAGUAGCGUGGGGCCCAACCACGGCGACAGCCCGACCCACAGCCCCCGGCACACCCCCCUGCCCGCCGCCAGCCCCGCGUCCAGCGAGCGCUCCACCCCGCGGAGCUCGUCCGACCGGAAGUCCUCCCUCGGCGCGCUGUCCUCCAUGUUCGACAGCCUGUCGGGCGCGGGGGGCGGCGAGGGGGGCGGCACGGGGGCCAAGGGCAGCAGCCACCCGCUCGCCGCCCUGCAGAAGCUGUGCGACAAGACUGAGACCCACCGCCACAACCGCUCCAACGCCGCCAACAACAACAACAAUAACAACAAUAACAGCUCGGCGUCGGCGAGCGCGGCGUCGGUCCCUCCCUCCACCACCCCCGGGGCCAUCCUGGCCUUCAGCUGGGCGUGCAACGACGCCAUCAUGACGGAGAACUCGGUCAUGAAGUGCGCCUUCUGCGACACGCCCUUCAUCUCCAAGGGCGCGUACCGCCACCACCUGUCCAAGAUGCACUUCGUCAAGGACGGCGCCAUCCCGGACCCCGUGGCCAUCAAGGCCCACCAGGCGGCGCAGGCCGCGGCGGCGGCGGCGCAACCCCCCACCCCCGGCGCGUCGUCGUCCAAGACCUCCAACGGGUCCUCCGCCAACCCCGGGGCCCCGUCGCCCGGCAAGUCUCCCCAGGCGCCGCCCGCCUUCGAGGAGAGCCCGCACUCCAAGUUCCUCAAGUACACUGAGCUCGCCAAGCAGCUGAGCAGCAAGUACGUGUAAAGUGCAAUACGGCCACAUGCCGACCCCAGUGAGCAGCUCGGUUACCUUAUCGUAUAAAAAACUAAAACCGUGUUAGGAAUGACUCUUCUUUCAAGUUUCUUUAGAAGCAUAGGUGUACAAAGUGACUUCCAUAAUCAUUCCUUUCUGAUCCUCUAUGCUGAGAUCUACCUUCCUCUUUCGCACAUUUUUCUUGCCAUUUGUUUUUAAAUGUGCCCACGUGUGAGUUAAUGUUGACUAUUUCGUAUGUAUUUGAAUGUGCAAUUUAGCCUGAUGGUGAUGUUUGUAUGUUGCCCGCAAUUAGGGCUUUCUACCAUAUCCCAGUGUAAACCAGUGAUGGUAUUACCUUUUAGAAAAAUGCGAGUAUACGGAAAUUAGAACGUGAAUCGUUAUUUCAUGUUUGGAAGUAGAUAGUGGGCUUCCUUACCAAAUAAAGCUCGGUGCCCAACUCCCCAUCCCCUCAUCAAUGUGAUAAGUGAACUAUGUUCACAAAUGACCCUAUCCUAUAAUUGUGUAUACCAACUUUAAUAUUUAAUUUAAGAUGAGAUUGAGCUGAGAGUGAUCGAGGCAGACCCAACAAACAAAAGGUAUACUAGCAUGUGUAUAAAAUACAAAAAUGAAAAACUCUUUUCUAAUUGCUCAUGUAGAAAAAUUACGAGGUCUGCUGUACCUCUCUUCUGCUAUUUGAUAUAUAUUAUAUACAUAUAUGUUUUCACAGGAUAUUUUCCGAUCCUCUGCUCCUCUAAAAUAAGUAUUAUCAAGUACCUACAAACAAUCGUAUACGUAUCUGCUACAAAAUCGAGACAACUAUUUCUAUCUUCUUUAUUUUGGACGUUUUAAAUUCGAAAUACCAACAUAUAUAACAAAGUUACAAUGUCCUUAGGACAUUGCCUAAUAUAAACUAUUAUGUAUACGCCCUAGAUCAGAUAAUCGGAACUUCAAGACUCGUUGAGACAAAGAGAAAAUGUUACAGAAUGUUUUGCUGGUGUUGUGUUUGGCUGUCUUUUUAUUAUGUUUUAGAUCAUUCAUAUACUUUCUAUUGUAUUAUACAUGCCAAAAUAUUUGUACAGUGAGGUUUGCCAGCUCAAAGAUUAUUCAAUUUAUAGCCACGCAAUAUAAACUAGCACUAUGUGCUUAGUCAUGAAAUCUUUUGUUUUAUUUAUUUAAAUGGCCUGAUCUCAUAAGGUUAAAAGCAGAAAUUUGUAUUGCGUUUCCAGCGAUUCAGAUGCUUUUGUAUUUUGUGGAAAUAGUACAAAUUUGGACUAUGUUGGUGCGGAAACGUACACGGAGCUCACUGAACCAACUAUUCGCUCGCUUCGUUGAACCAUUCAAAUUGUGAUAAUCCAUUUUUUCCACAGUAUACUAAAAAAAAUCGCACAGCUCGACAAGGGCCGUGUGUGUGACGGGAAUAUCUGGUUCAGUGAAAUCCGCGUAACUUUCUCGUUCAACUUUCAUAUUUAUUGUAGUCGUGUUGCAAGCUCGUUCGAGUCUCGUACUCGCAGCAGUCUCUUGCAUGUAGUUUUUGACUUCUUGUUGUUUUUAAGCGAACAACGAUCAAUGUGCAAAAGCGAAUGUUACUGUUAUGAUUUUGAUCAGUAAGAAGUUCUUUGUUAACCUGCUACCUUACGGAGAUCUGCACGGUUGAAACCAGUCAUGAGUUAAGCUUAAUUUAUUUUCUAUAUAGUUUGUUUAGCAGAGAUCGUGAAUGAUUUAUAUUUUCCGGGUCUUUUGAAGAAUUGUUAUAACUGUUAAUUGUCACUAUUCUUGUUUUAAAUUAUUGAUUAAUUUAAUGUCGGCCACGUAUCGUCUCUUUGAAAUGAAUACUGUGAUUUCUGUAUACAUUAAACGCCUCUUCAAUCUGGAAAGGAACGUGUUUAGUAAUAGUCAAGUAAGCAAUAAAUUUGUUGGAUCUGUAAUGAA